AGGGCUGAAAUUCAAGUUAGUUCGAAUACGAUCUGAGGCUAUCGGCAAUCUACAAAAACAAGAGAUGCGGGGUUUAUCGUUGUUUGUAACUGUCUUCGCGGUGAUAGUUGGAAUGGCAGUAUCGAAACCAUUAUGGUCGACUUUAGUCAGUACUAAUCAUCUGCAUUUCACGCCUGAAAUUGGACAACAGCAAUAUCUUGCCGCAUAUCAAGAUACGCAUUCUCCCUAUUACGUUUACAAUAUGUAUUCAAACGCGGGCGGUACAUCGAACAUUCUUCAUGUUAGCAGCAAACCAGAGAUUUCUCAAUUUCCUGCUUACAGUUUCUAUUAUGAAACACCAAUUUAUGACAUCCGGAUUCCAUUAAAUCCUGUUUAUCCCGUGCUGGCGCCAUUUCAUCCAGGAAUACCUCCGGCACUUCCGCCAACAUCGACAGAACAAUCUUCCGACGAAGACGAUUAUGACGGCAUCGAAAAGUUAGAUAUGAAAGUCGAUCCGGAUACAGAGACAAAAAAACCAGAAAAUACAGAUAACGAUUCCAUAACUGUGGAAGCAAUAUGAGAUAAUUCUCCUUGACGUGUACAACAUAGCAUAUAUGUGAAAAAUUGCAAUAAGUACUAUCGUUUAAUACGAUAAAUGUUUGCUUUUUUUAUGUUACUUUUAUAUUUAUGUUAUGUUGCGCUACAUCCAAGAUAUGUUAAAAAGUUUUUUUUGACCAAAUUUUUAUUAAAAGAAAAAAAUAAUGCACUGUUACAUUCG